UUAUUAUUUUAUUGUUUCCCUUCUACGUGACUUUACCGAGAGAACCAAGAAUAUGACACUGAAUUACGUAACUUUUUUGGAAUAGCUUCACCCUUAUAUAGGAGUAUAUUUUUUUAUUUUUCAAAAAUGUCAAUCCAAUAAAAUGUUUAAUCCUCAAAGCUCGAAUUAUCCAAAAUUAAGUUUUACAAAAUUAAUGUAACCUCAUAUUUGAGUUUUAUGGUGUGGUCAUUGGUGACCAGGCUGAGAUAAUCAACUCGCGAAACCUGAGAACUGGGCUCAAUCACAAGCGGUGACUGCAACCCGGAUUCAAACCCAGGACCACCAGCCAGCGGUGACGGCUCGCCCGCUCUGACACGGCAUUAGCUCCCCGAGUCGCCCGUCAAUCUCUCUAGGUCAGAACUUCAUCAAGGGUCGAUGGCUUUGACAACUUUUCUCUCGAAUCGAAAAUUGUUCCAAGCGCACGUUCCAGUGAAAAUCCAGCCAACUAAUUGGACGAGCCUGAAAGGACGUUAAUCUUGCCGAGGAGAUGGAGCAAUGAGUUAAGUUCGUACGUACGUAAAUCCGUGGGUUAUUUGGCCACAAUACAUUUCCACGUGAUAAGCCACUUUGUUGAGCUAUCAUUUGUAGGCCAGGUCGCUCUCGAAAAAUGACUCGUAGCUCAGUGGGCCAUACCUGGUAAAAUAAAACAAAAAUAGCUUGUAGUUUUAUUUAUAGUUAGUCAAUUUGGAUACCGUGUGUGGAGGCAUAGGGGUAAAAGUGUGGGAUAUAAUGUGGCUACUCCCAACGAUGCCGUUUAAAAUUCAUGCCGUCGAGUGCCUUUAAUAAUCAACACGUCUGGCCGGCGUGAAAGAGUAGGCCAAAAUACCCUCGAGAGGGGGUGUCUAAAGUUCCCUAUGGUGGAGGGCCUUCCACCAGCAGUGGCGUCAGCAAAAUAUUGCAGUGCUUGCACCUUUGCUCAUCACCUUUGACACACAUGUUUAGCGUGAAUUUCAGUUUCUUCGAGGAUUUUUUUUAAAAUGAUGGCCAUUGUCAUUGCCAUCAUUACAAUGACUACAACAGGAAGUCUCAAUGGAUCGCGUUGCAACAGAGGUCAAAUGCAGAGGGUGCAUGGUUCAGGGAGCAGCGGUGCCGGAACAUUGAAUAAUGGGAGCACGGUAUGCACGUUGCGGCUCGCAAAUUGAGCCGGUAGUUGUAAAUCUUGCGGCGUGUUUACGCCAUAGCGAAAGUAAGGUUAGCACAUACCCCAAAGCAUAUCCUUUAGAAGUUUGUCACACUCACGGCCAGUCAAAGCUAUUAGUGGCCAGUCGGUGUGUUUGUGUGUCUGUUCAGAGGUACAGACACCAGCAUUGUGAGACAUUAGACGCACAUUUCUCCGUCCACCCCCCCACCCCCCUUUGAAAGAGUUUCAUGGCAGCAGGUUGGUUUGCAGUCGAGUUGUUUGGGUUAUUCUCCCAAAUGCAAACCGGUGGGGUGUUGCGGUAUUUAAACUAGCUGCCCCUUUUUGUUAGUUCGCCACUAUCCCUGCAAGUUUCUUUGAGGCACAGCCGCGCGCAGCCACUUCAGCGAGCGCUGCGAGUGAGCGCCCGUGAUUCGUUUCAGUUUUAUUUUUUAAUAUUUUUUGUUUGGUUUGUGGCCGAUGGUGAAAGCUUUGCCGGUGUCUCAACGUGCGACAAGCCGUAGGUCCCUGUGCAGGGUUCGAGGUCGGGACUGCGGCGGGUUUCUACAGAAGCGUGAGGAGGAGGAGGAGGAGGACGAGCGGAGGAGCCUGCUCUGUGCUUUGACUCUUCAGCCAGCCCGGGGGGGGGGGGGGGGGGGGUGGGGCCCAAAGAGAGGUCCCAGGGCCCGACGCGGUGGCCCCAGAGUGCCAUGGCCCUACUCCCUGCGUUGCUCCUCUCCGCUGCCCUCUCGUCUCUCGGUUGGCAGAGCCACGUCGACGCCAGCGAGUGGUGGUCCCUUGCCCUGAGCCCGAUGCAGCGCCCCGAAGCGUACCUGCUGAGCGCACAGCCGCUCUGCACCCAGCUGGUGGGGCUGUCCCCGGGUCAGCGAAAGCUGUGCCACCUGUACCAGGACCACGUGCCGCACAUCGCCGACGGCGCCCGCCUCGCCGUGCGCGAGUGCCAGCACCAGUUCCGCACUCGCCGCUGGAACUGCAGCGCCGGCGAAGGAGACUCCGUCUUCGGGCGGCUCACGCACAUCGGGAGCCGCGAGACGGCGUUCGCCCACGCCAUCUCGGCUGCCGGUGUCGCGCACGCGGUGUCGCGCGCCUGCCGCGAGGGCGAGCUGGCCACGUGCGGCUGCAGCCGCGCCCCGAGGCCCCGUGAGUUGCAGCGCGACUGGCUGUGGGGUGGCUGCGGAGACAACCUGGAGUACGGAUACCGCUUCGCUCGCGAGUUCGUGGACGCUCGCGAGCGCGAGCAGGGGGGGCAGCAGCAGCAACAGCAGCAGCAGCAACAGCAGCAGCAACAGCAGCAGCAGCAGCAACAGCUGGCGGCACGACACAGUGUGGAGCACUCGCGCACCCUCAUGAACCUGCACAACAACGAGGCGGGGAGGAGGGCGGUGUACGGGCUGGCGGACGUGGCGUGCAAGUGCCACGGCGUGUCGGGCUCGUGCUCGCUCAAGACGUGCUGGCUGCAGCUCGCCGACUUCCGCAAGGUGGGCAAGUUUCUCAAGGAGAAGUACGACAGCGCGUCUGCGGCGCGGGCCGGCCGGCGCGCCAAGCUCGAGCCGGCCAACCGCAAGUUCAGCCCGCCGUCGGCCGGUGACCUCGUGUACCUGGACGCGAGCCCGGACUACUGCGUGCGCAACGAGACGACGGGCUCGCUGGGCACGAUCGGCCGCUCGUGCAACAAGACGUCGGAGGGCAUGGACGGCUGCGAGCUCAUGUGCUGCGGCCGCGGCUACGACCACUUCAAGGCGACCGUGGUGGAGCGCUGCAACUGCAAGUUCCACUGGUGCUGCUACGUCAAGUGCAAGAAGUGCACGUCGGUCGUGGACAGGUUCGUGUGCAAGUGAAGGGCCGAUAGAGGCGGUGGGAAGUGAGGGCCGGGAGGUCGUGGCGGCGGCGGCGGCGGUGGCGGCGGUGGUUGUUGUUGGGGUGAGCCGAGGGUCGGAGGUGAAAGGUCGGAAGGACACUUGAUGGUGAGGGUGGUGACAUCCAGUCGCGUUAUUUAAAAGGGGGCGAAGGCGCCCGAGACGCCUCCACCGUGGACAGAUUUGUACAUCUGCUGUGGAGGAGCUCCGGGGGAGAAAUUAGUUGUGUUUGGGCGUUUGUUUUUGUUCGUUUAAACAUAUGACAAAGACGAGCAUGUGGAUGGGCCAGUAAAAUAGAACAAGUUUUGACGAAGUGGACUCGGGCGUGAAUUCUGCUCGGUCUGUUUUUGUUUUUGUUUUUUUCUCUCCUACAAAUUUGUAAAUACUCGGUAUGCAAAAUAACGUUGCCAUCCCCACAACAAAACGACAACAUCGGCACGUGUAACGGGACUUGCGGUGUCUGUCACAUGUGUUGCAUUAAUUCACCCUUACUUGUAGACACGAAGACAAAGAUCCCCCACGUAGCCUUGGCAGACUUUAGGGGCAAGUGCUGCUAGCGAGCACCUACGAAAGUCGGCACGGCACACGAGGGGGUGGGUGGCCAGCACCAC